AUGGCGUUUUUAGAGGAUGUGCAAAUCCUCCACACGCGUUCCGAAGCAGCGCUGCUCCCUAAAGCUGAUAAGCAGCUGCAUCACGUGUUGCUCGUGCAGUCUCCAAGGGGACGUGUAUACAAUUCGUUCUCAUACGCUUCAUUCUUCUACCAUUCAGUUUCUAAUUCAAAGAGCAGUAGAAAUAAUCUUUCUUUUAUUCCAGCGUCGUUGCUUCGAGCAGUGAGCUCUGCAGGGGCGUGUGAGACCGUGUUUAAGGGCUUCUCAGACUGCUUGCUCAGUCUCGGAGGAAACAUGUUGAACCAUCCUCAGGACCUGGAUGACCUUGAAAACCUGGAUACUGUCUGCUCGGUGAUGAGUAGUAAUCUGCUUGUAUUACGUUUUUCAUUUUACAGAUACUGGAGCGAGUUCCUCUUGUGCACCUCUGCUGCAGUUGCAGGUUGCCAGGACGAAGCAGUAGAGCUGUGGGAAAAGCUGAAAGCGCCGUCUGGGAGUCUGAACUACAAGGGAAGUCUGUUUGAACUGUGCUCUAAAGAUAAUGGAGCAUCAGGACUUGGUUUUCCUCUGGAGCUUAUAGUUUGGGCCAUGACCCUUUGCAAAAUGGUGAUGUGGGUCAUUUUUGAAUGAAAAAAAAAACAAAACAAAAAAAAAUCCUGUUGCUAUGGAAACGAUAAUAUAUAAG